UCCUUUGAAAUAUAAAGUGGUGUUAUCAAACACGACUGUGUUUAGCAAUGAGAUAGAUAUGUUAUCUUUAUAUGGAGUAUAAAAUAGCUUGACUUUAUCUUACUUACACUUGAACACCAGGCGAGGCAACAAGGCUUCUUAGUAAAACCAAAGCUUCAACAUGACCGAUACCAAUCUGUCCGCUAUACUGUACAAGACCGGUGAUCUUAGACUGGAAGAUCGCCCUAUUCCAGAACCAGGUCGAGGAGAGGUUCAAAUAUCCAUGCAGAAAAUGGGGAUUUGUGGUUCAGAUGUGAAAUAUUGGCAGAAAGGAGCAAUCGGGCAUUUUAUUGUGGUAGCACCUAUGUUAUUAGGACACGAAUGUGCUGGAAUUGUUAGUAAAUUAGGCGAGGGUGUUAUCAAUUUGAAAGUUGGUGAUCGUGUUGCCAUAGAACCUGGUGUUCCCUGUCGUCAAUGUGAAUGGUGUAAAAGUGGUAGAUACAACUUAUGUCCUGAUGUAUUUUUCUUGGCUACACCUCCAGACAGUGGUGCGCUAGCAAGAUAUCAUGUACAUGCUGCAGAUUUCUGCUUCAAAUUGCCAGAUAAUGUAAGUUUUGAAGAAGGUGCGUUAAUUGAACCGCUUUCAGUUGGACUCCAUGCUUGUCAGAGAGCUGGUGUUAAUUUAGGAAGCAAGGUUCUUGUGUGCGGUGCAGGUCCAAUAGGUUUAUCAGCUAUGUUAUCAGCAAAAGCUAUGGGCGCAGCGUCCAUUUGCAUGACAGAUAUUGAUGAUCGUAGAUUAGAGUUUGCUAGAAGUCUCGGGGCAACAAAAACUGUUAAAGUGGAAUCCACGGAUCCCGAAGAAGUUUCGCGUCAAGUUAAAUCUGCCCUUGGAGGUUGGGCUGAUCAAGCUAUAGAAUGUAGCGGGGCACAGUUUUCUGUGGAACUGGGAAUACAGUCGACUAAACCAGGUGGGGCCUUCGCUGUGGUAGGCCAUGGUCCAGAUAAUGUUACUAUACCCAUAACUACAGCUAUAGCCAGAGAAGUGGAAAUAAGAGGAUCAUUCCGUUAUGUUAACACUUGGCCUGCAGCAAUUGCAAUGAUAGCGUCCGGAAAAAUCAACAUAAAACCAAUGAUCACUCACAGAUUUACGAUAGAAGAAACCCUUCAAGCGUUUGAAACCGCCAAAUCCGGUGCAGGCGUCAAAAUUAUGAUUUCUUGCCAUAAAUAAGCUACUCCACACCUGUUUAAAUACAUAAUUCAUUUCAUAGUAACAUUUGCGUUUUAAUACAUAAGAAGAUACAAAUAAAAUUUCAGUAUGGUAUGUACAUGUACUACUUUAUUAUAAUAAAAGGUUUAAAGGGACAAUAACACUCUUGCUGGCUUGAAAGCUCCAGAAAAUAAAUAAUAUCUCUAUCUAAGUACUAGAUGUUUAAGUGUCCUACCGGUUGUGUAAAUUAUCCAUUACAUCCUAUUUUACUUGUCCAGAGGGUUCGAAAAUAUUUUUAAAUCGAAGUUUCAUUUGAAAAGGUUUACGUUAGACGUUUCAAACCAUUAUGCAAUUUGUAUCAUCAAUUAAUUGAAAUAUUCUAAAAUAGUACAAUUUGUUGACCAGAAUAAAGAUUGGGACAUAUUAUUCAGUUACAACAAGAGUGGUAUUGAGCCUUUAAUAUCUUGCUAAUUUUUCCUUUUUAUGUACGAUGGUAUGGUCUUGUUAAAUCCAAUAAUUUUUCUGAUAAUUAAAAAAAAUCAAUAUACAAAA